GUGGAGGGAAGGUGAAGGAAGGUCGUUUUCUCCAAACGCAGACUCUAGUCUAGCUAGGUGCAUGGCAGCAUUGAGCAGGGUGGUAGGCAGGACAGCCAGUGUCAUGCGCAGCGAAGCCUAGGGUCCAAGGAGUUCUGAGUGUCUACAAGCGGAUUUGAUAAGGUCGCAGUUGAUCGUCUCACUGACUGUGAAUGAGGGCCCCUCCUCGACUCCGCACUCGCUUAGUGCACAGGACACACAUUCAGAGCUGGCUCCACUGGAUUCAAACCCAUUGGUAUGGCAACAUGUUGCAGCAACGUAGGAGCCGAUUAUCGCUACUAAGGCAGCGCGCUUUGAUUGCAUCGCACACUUGCUGAGCCACCAUUUCUUGAUCAUAUCAGAGAGUCCCAUUUCAAUCAUGCAAAGUUUUUCAGUAGCGUCAGAAAAGCACCAACGGACGCUCAAGGACAAUGAAUGGCUGGGCUUGGCUGCUGCAAUUUAUGCUGCGGCAUGUUCAGGUCUCACCUAUUCUUUUUCGGUCUACUCUGAGCAUCUCAAAGAGACGCUGAACUGGUCGCAGACCCAAAUCGACGGGCUCGGAUCUAGCAAGGACUUUGGAGGGGGUUACGGUAUUCUAACAGGACUGCUCUACAACUUCUAUCCCCCUUGGGUCUCUGUCCUGAUCGGUGCCAGCUUCAAUUUGGCAGGCUAUCUGGGGAUAUGGCUGACGAGCCUGAAGGUGAUCACACCCCCUUACUUGAUGGUCUGCGCAUUUAUGGUGGUCGGCUCAAACGGGGAGCCCUGGGUGUCAACUGCCAUCAUGGUCACCAACAUGCAGACUUUCCCUUUGGAGCGGGGCUACGUUGUCGGGCUACUGAAGGCGUACCUCGGAUUGAGCACCGCAAUGUUUGCACGAGUCUACACGAGCUUCUUCGACGGCUACCCCAGCCGCUUCAUCCUGUUGCAAGCAGUGGGGCCGUUUGUCUUGCUAACCGCCGUCAUGGCCUUCAUCAAACCGUACCCCAACAAGCAGGACACGGAUCCGCACGACAUCGCGAAACGGUUUCGGUGGUCGUAUUACAUCAUUCUUCUUCUGGCGGGGUACCUCUUCGUCACCAUUAUUCUUUCGGAAGCGUUUGUGUUGGGGGUGGGCACUCAGCGGGUGCUGACCACCGUCAUGAUCGCCAUCCUUUUCCUACCACUUGGGAUGCCGUUUAUUGGACGUCGGGAAUAUGAGCGGGCCGCCAUGGAAUCGGACGCUACCGAAAUGGUCUCGCCCGAUCCGGACAACGAGGACGGCAGCAAGCUGCUGCAGGAGGAGCCCAUUCACACCGAGAUGCCGGAGCUGACUUUGUGCGAGAGCGUGCAGACAGCAAACUUCUGGCUGUUGGCCGCCAUCAUUGCAGCUGGCACGGGAAGCGGCUUGACGAUCAUCAACAACUUCGGGCAGAUUGCGCGCUCGUUUGGGAACGCGCGCAUCUCGUCCUUCAUCUCGCUCUUCAGCAUCUGGAACUGUCUCGGGCGCCUUCUGGCCGGGUACUCAUCUGAAUGCAUUGUUCGGGCGGGCUAUCCCCGGCCGAUCGCCGCCGCUGUCUUCACAUCGCUUAUGGGCUUGGCACUCCUGCUCCUGGCAACAGGCGCGGUCUACUCAUUAUACGUGGGGUCGGUUCUGGUGGGCCUUUCCAUAGGCGCUCAUUGGGCGCUCAUGCCGGUGCUGACGUCAGAGCUGUUUGGGCUCCAGCACUACGGGGCGACAUACAACACCAUCACGGUUGCCGCCCCAACUGCGUAUAAAAGCGUCCGAAGUGGGGGAGUACUGAUGAGCGUUGAUUCGCUGGGCAACGGCGAAGUGGCGCUGAGUGCGAAAUUCGGCCGGCAACAAGAUGCAGCGUCCUUAUGCAGUGCGGUCAGCUUCUACGGAAGAUAAUCAAGUUGCCGUCGGCUAUGUAUGCGGCCUUCCAUAGAUCUCAAGGUUCACUUGAGCCCCUCGCCAUAACUCCACUAAAACCCUAGUCGGUGCUGGGUUGUGACAAUGCCCAUGACAAGCAGGCUUGCUUCCAGAUUGGUUGUUGCUUUGUAGGAGACGUGUUGGGACUUGAAGGGGUAUCAAAUCAAGAGAAUCCAAGCACGUACAGGAGGCUAAAGCUCACCGCUAAUUGUCACAUGAAACGAUGGAGCACGCAAGUACGCCACGUUAAAUUAUUCCAAGCACUGGGCGCCGAAGUUUCAGCGUCAUUUGCAGACCUGACGACCAAAAACUCAGAACAAGAACGACUGACAGCAGACAUAGAACUGUACAUUGCAUGCAUGCGUAAUAGUUGCUCCCUUAUGAGGCUGGUAGGUGAACUUUCAAUAACCUGAUAACCUUUCUAGCUUGCAUGUCCGCAAGUAGGCACU